AUGGACAUCCGGACGGGUGGACAGCGUAUAGAGAAGAAGAACACACGAGUGGGCGGCGGCGGCGGCGGCGGUGGUGGUGAGGGAGAAGGCGACGGCGAGGGGGACCGCGAGGGACGGUGGGCGAGUAGAAAGUACAGCGGCGGCGAGGGGCGAAACACAGCGGCCGGUCCUCAGAGGGGCGACAAUAGCGACAGUGGUGGUGGUGGCCCACCGACGCCGACGUCGCCGCCCCCGUCGCUGCCACCACUGCCGUCGCUGCCGCAGCCGUCGAGACCCGUGACCACCAACCACCAACACCAGCUGCUGCUGCGGGAACGGCCAGCGGUGGUGGCGGUGGUGCCGGGGGCUACCGAGGUGCAGAGCAGGGCAGCGGGAACCAGAGCAGCCGAGGAGCGGCGGGAGGCGGGAGCGGCGGGUGACGGGACCGGUGGUUGUGGCCGGCGGGACCGGUGGAACGACGGGCCGCACCGACGUUCCAGCAACAACAACAACAACAAGGAGCGCCGCCGAAAAGGCAGAGGAGCAGCAGGACCAGGAGAGACGUUGGACGGGAUUGCUGGCGAUCGGAGGAAGGGCACCGCGUCUGUGGGCGAUAACGGAGGCGUACCCAACAGUGUCCUGGUGCCGGCGGCGCCGAUGACAGCAGUCGCCGAUGGGGAGUUGAACACCACCACCACCACCACCACCGCCGGGGCUGCGGCGGUGAUACUGGCGACGGCGGCACGACAACCGGGCAGGACUGUGCCGGGUGGGCGGCGGGCUACCCUCGCCAAACAGGACGACGACGACGACGACGACGACGAUGACGGCAGCGAGGAGGAGGAAGAUUGCACGCUAAACGACAGCGCGUCCUUCAACGCGCCCCCCCCUGCCGUACACUCUCCGCAGCCCCUCUCCGCAGCCGGCGGAAUGUUCGGUGGGCGCGGUCACGCGCGCGGCGGCCACCGUCACCGCGGCGGGUCCGCCCAGCAGCAUCCCUAUUCAUUGCCGCACAUACGCGAGGAGCGGAAGCGCAACGGAAGCUGUGAUACGCUCGGUGACGGCCGGGGCGGAGCAGGACCUGGCAGGAGUCGGCCGCAGGGCGGACGACGAGGAGGAGGAUGA